AUGGCCUCGCAGGACGCGGAUCUCAAGCUGGAGCAGCUUCCCGCCGACAAGAAGACUAUUGCCGACGACGAUGUCUCCAUCUCCCGAGUCAAGUCCGUCACGGCCGGCGAGAUUGUCAAUUUAGACGCCGGCGAGGUGUUUCUCCGAGAGCAUAACUUCCACGAUGACUACCUGGCUGAGCUCCUGGCCGACGCGAGCCUCAACAAGCGCCUGGUCCGCAAGAUCGAUCUCGUCAUCCUGCCGCUGCUGGCCGGCACCUAUGUCCUCCAGUACAUCGACAAGCAGGCCAUGUCCUACGCGGCCGUCUUCGAUCUUCUGACCGGCACCGGCAUCUCCUUGGAUCAGUAUGGCUGGUUCACGUCCAUCUUCUACUUCGCCUAUCUCUUUGCAGAAUACCCUUGGAUGUGGCUUGUGCAAAAGACCCUCAUGGCCAAGAUCGUAGGGUGCUGCGUCAUGGUCUGGGGCGCGAUCCUUAUGAUCACCGCCGCGUGUUCCAACUUUGGUGGGCUUGCCGCCUGCCGUUUCUUCUUGGGAAUUUUUGAGGCACCUAUCACGACUUGCUUUAUGCUGAUCGUGGCCAUGUGGUAUACUCGACAAGAACAACCAUUCCGUGCGGGAGUCUUCUACUGUUGCAACGGCGUGGGCUCUAUGAUCGGCGGUAUCCUCACCUACGGCAUCGGGCAACUUUCCAGCUUCCCCGUCUGGAAGGCCAUCUUCCUCCUCUGCGGCGGAAUCACUGUCUGCUGGGGUGCCCUUCUGUUUUUCUUCCUUCCAGACAGCAUUCUAUCGGCUAAGCGGUUCUCACUCGAAGAGAAGGCGCUGCUGAUCGCCCGUGGCCGUCUGGCCCACACCGGUAUCCUCAACAAGACCAUCAAAUGGACCCAGGUCCGCGAGGCUCUGACAGAUCCUCAAGUCUGGCUUUUGUUCCUUUUCGUUCUGCUGAAUGAAGUCGUGAAUGGCGGGUACGCAUCCUUUGGGAAAUUGAUCAUCAAAGGGUUGGUAAACGGAAGUCUCAAGACCACCGCGUUGGGCAUCCCACAGGGUGCGUUCCAGGUGGUGUGGAUUUUGUCCGGCACCUACGUCGCCUCGCGCUUCAAGAACGCACGGACGAUCGUCAUGGCCACCUAUAACGUUCCUACAAUCAUUGGUACCUCCCUGAUGGGCUGGCUGGCCCGGACGGACUAUGAUAACAAGAUCGGGGUGCUUCUCGGGUACUACAUCUGUGGCUCGUACGUGGCUUCACUGGUGCUUGCCCUGCAGAUGCCUGCGACGAAUCUGGGUGGAUAUACCAAGCGUACGACCGGCUCGGCUCUUGUCUUUCUUGCCUACUGCGCUGGCAACAUUAUUGGGCCGCAUGCCUUCCUCGAGCAAGAGUCACCGACAUAUCCCACCGGUUGCAAAGUGAUUCUGGCUUGUGCCGUGGCACAGGUCUGUGCCGCGAUGGCUAUUCGGGCACUGCUAAGCCGGAGAAACAAGAAGAGGGACGAGGCCGCGGCGGCGGCGUUGGCAGCUGGAGAGGUACAAGAUCCCUCGUCCUAUGACGCGGCAGACAUGACGGACUUUGAGAAUCCUUGCUUCAGAUACGUUCUGUAG